ACACGUGCAACAUCCUCUGUCGUCGUACUCCCUUGUCUGUGGUGGCCACACGUCCUUCCAGCUUUCGGGGUCGUCAAUUGCCGUCCGGCGACAAUAACUUCGAAGGAGUUUCUUUGAUAACAGCAGACAAUGGAUUUAUUAAAGGGAAUGAAUGAAGAUGUAUCUGAGUGCCCCUUUGAUGUGAAAGACAUCCAAAGGUGCCCCUUUCUGAGAAACAUCAACAAACCUACUAACUUCUUCUUUUCUUCAUCAAGGAUUAACGUUCCUGUGCUCGGAGCCAAGGGUCCUAUAUUUGAAGAUGGUCCUAAUUUUGACAUGGCAUUUAAGCUCUUCCAUGGGAAAGAUGGAAUUAUCCCCCUAUCUGAAAAAUCUGACUUACACAAUGAUUGUAGAGAACUUGAGCCUCAGCCUGUUUUCAACCCUUUGGCUGCAAAAUUUGCCACCAUAAGCCUGUCAUCCUUUGGGCCUGGUGGCAUGUUCGGUUUUGGUGAUUUCUCUGAGAAAUGGAAGAAGCAAAAGAAGACUGAACCGUCAAACAAAAGAGAACCUUCAUCCCAGAAAGGAGAUUUAUCCAAGCACGAGGCACUUGGAAAUGAAUGGUUGGAAACAGGGAACUGUCCUAUUGCCAAGUCUUAUAGAGCUGUGAGCCAUGUUCUACCCCUUGUUGCUUCAGCUCUUCGGCCACCACCUGGAAUGAAGCUUAGAUGCCCACCUGCAGUUGUUGCUGCAAGAGCGGCCCUUGCACGCACAGCGUUUGUGAAAAACUUGCGUCCACAGCCUCUUCCUGCAAAAAUGCUUGCAAUUGCAGCCUUGGGAAUGGCAGUUAACGUUCCCUUAGGUGCAUGGAAGGAACACACCGAGAAGUUCUCGCUAUCAUGGUUCGCAGCAGUGCAUGCAGCUGUUCCCUUUAUUGCCAUGCUUCGGAAAUCAGUGUUGAUGCCUAAAUCAGCAAUGGCUUUGACAAUAGCAGCUUCCAUCUUAGGCCAGGUUCUUGGCUCUAGAGCUGAACGCAUCCGACUCAAAACUAUAUCUGAGAGGGGAAAAGUGGUCACUGAGCCAGCGAGUACCAUUUCAGGCUUUAAUCCAAGCAAGCAUGAUGACUUUAAGAAUGGUCACUGCGGUGCAGGUGGGAUGGGUGUGGACUCGGUUUCUAUGAAGGAGGGUCGUCCAACUUCAGCAGCCAGUAUCUGUUAUUGACCACACUGAGAUCCAUUCAUGUAUGAAUGUGUAAUUGAUGACCAGAGGUCAUAAUAUGAAAUUCUAAGAAUAAUAAUAAUAAAAGCAUCAAUUGUGUGUCUGUAAUACGAACAGUUGUUCCGGCUUACUGCUUCUCACGCAGAAAAGCAUCGGAGCCUGAGUUUAAUACCAAGUUCUUACAAGGAAUAGCAGCUUUUACUGCAUCAUAAAGU